AUGUCGCGAAAUCAUCCUUUUCCACCAAAAGUCAAUAAUCUACGUGUUUUACUCAACUGUUUCUAUGCUUAUUUGAUAUCAAGUACAUUUCAGUAUACAAAACAAGUUCUGUUUCACUCGUCAGACUCGAUCUAUUUAAAAAUUUAUCUCUUCACUCGAAGUCUUAUCAGUACUGUUUGUAUAUGUUUAUAUUCGAUCUUAAUUAUCUAUUCCUUAUGGCUUGAAAGUGUUCGAAUCUUAUCGAUUUCUCUUCUUCUACUGUCCAUACUCUUCGUCGCUCGUUUCAUUUUCGAUUUAUACUAUUACAAUCUUGACAACUAUACACCAGCUCAGUUCAUGAACAUCAAUGCAACACAAAUAAACAGUACUCUUAUUCAAUCCAAACAACUGCAAGAGGAAAUAACCGAUUUGACUAUGGAGUUAAUUACAAAUCUGACUGGUGUUCUAUUAACAAUGUUUAUCGUGAUUCGCAUGUUGAAAAGCAAACGGGCGAGGAAACAAAUGGAAGUCGAAGCUCUCGGCAUCGAUCCUCUGCGACGCAUGACUGUAUAA